CAAAGCCACAAUGGAAACGAGGAAGGAGAUGGUGAUGUUUCUGGAGGGGACAACUCUUGGCGCUCUAGUUGGCAAGAGGGUGCCUAAUUUGUCCGAAGCAGUGGGGAGCCCCGCUCCGGAGCCGCAGGAGAAGAUGAUCCAUCGGAACUGCCUCAGCCCCAGACCUGGCCCCUUGUCGUCCCGGGAGAGAGGAGGAGGAGGAGGUGGCGGAGGAGAAGACGAAGAGGAGGUGGAGGUGCUGCCAGGGACAGGGACGGUGCCGGAGAGCCGCUCGGCGGCGGCAGCACUGCUUUCGGCCGGACAGCAGCCCCCCGCGCCGGAGCCCCCCUCCAGCAAAGGGCAGCAGAGCAGCUCGGACACUGAGUCGGAUUUCUAUGAGGAAAUCGAGGUGAGCUGCACCCCGGACUGCGCCACGGGGAGCGCCGAGUACCAGCACAGCAAAGGGCCGUGCUCCGAGGCGUUGGCCGGCAGCCCCAGCGGCGGGGGGGAUCACCCCAAGGGCAGCGGAGGCAGCGGAGGCUCCCAGGGCUCACUCGCCUGCAGCGCCAGCGACCAGAUGCGCCGGUACCGCACCGCCUUCACCCGCGAGCAGAUCGCCCGUCUGGAGAAGGAGUUUUACCGGGAAAAUUACGUGUCCAGGCCCCGGAGAUGUGAGCUGGCGGCUGCUCUAAAUCUGCCAGAAACCACCAUCAAGGUUUGGUUCCAGAACCGCAGGAUGAAGGACAAGCGGCAGCGCCUGGCCAUGACCUGGCCUCACCCGGCCGACCCGGCGUUUUAUACCUACAUGAUGAGCCACGCAGCGGCCACCGGGAACCUACCGUAUCCAUUCCCGUCCCACCUGCCCCUGCCCUACUACUCCCACAUGGGCAUCGGCGCCACAUCGGCCUCUGCCGCCACCCCCUUCAGUACCCCCCUGAGGCCGCUGGACACCUUCAGGGUCCUCUCCCAUCCCUACCCGAGACCAGAACUGCUGUGCGCCUUCAGGCAUCCCUCUCUCUACCCUGCCCCAACUCAUGGACUCAGCAGCGCCGGGAGCAACCCCUGCUCCUGCCUGGCUUGCCACAGCGGCCAGUCCAACGGGCUGGCGCAGAGACCCUCUGGAUCAGACUUUACCUGUUCUGCCACAACCAGGACUGACUCCUUCCUGACUUUCACGCCCUCUGUGCUGAGCAAAGCCACCUCAGUUUCCAUGGACCAGCGAGAAGAAGUACCUUUAACGAGAUAAACCUUUGUCUCAGGGUUAUUAAACACUCGUCCCUUUCCCGGGCUUCUCUUCGAGUUAAUGUACUUACAGCCCAUGUUUAUUUAAUCGUGUUCUCUGCUCAGUCGUGGACACCUACAGGAAAAAAAAAAGACUAAAAAUAGCUCAGUCUUAAAAGGAUUUACAUUCCAAGCUGGAGGGAGGGAGAAAGAAAAGAAAAGAAAAGAAAAAAGAAAGAAGAGAAAAGAGAAGAAAGAAGAAGGAAAGAAAUUACUAGUGGUUUAUCUCUGAGACGGAUUUGAGGCACGAAAGAGGAAGAAAAUCAACCCGAAUGAAAUACACUUCAGUAACCUACAGAAAUGUGCUAGGACUUUCUUUUCCAUGGAUAGACUUCUUCCCAAGGGCUGGGGCUUCUGUAGAUCACAGCGACAAACCUUAUGCACAAACCUACGAGAUGGAGAAGGAAAAUCUGAAAUACUUGAAAGAAACAUUAUCUUGAUAACGAAACGGCUUGUGCGCAUGAAGAAAGCAAAGAUGUAAUCUCUCAGUGUUCAGAAAAUAAAAACGGGCAGGCAGCAAAAAAACCAAAAGAUUUUCUGUUUGCACCUCGACAGUAUUAUCCAUUUCUCUCUAUAGAGAAUAACAAUGCUUUACCAUAAAGAAAACCUGUCAUUCUGUACAUUACUUUUGUGGUUUAAUUGCAUUUUUCACCCUCCCUUUUCUAGUCCUUCGUUGUGAGCAGAAAUCCAGCAUUUCAUUUCCUCUUUUAUUCCAACUUCUAUUUUUAAGAGGCAGACUUGAGUUGGCAGGGAAAAAAUAUGAGCUCCUGCCUCUUUAUGGGUCAGAGCUAUUUGUCCUUUAAAUAUCAAUGUCCUAUUAUCAGUCGCUGAAAUGUGCACACACUGACGAAAUUAGCAAGUGAUGUAUAUGUAAAGAGGGUUUUUGAAUAUCGAAUGUACAAUGCUUUGUGAGCAAAGACCCCGUGCCAAACGCUAACAAGCCGCCAAGGGAAGAGAUUAGGUGACAGGGAGCACAACUCCUUCAGACAAUCACCAGUCUGUAAAUUGGAGCAAAGGCGAUUUCCCUUCCUUUGUACUUCAGCCUUCAGUUCUCUCAUUGCCAUUUCCUUGUGUGUCUUCUUUCUUUUAUUUUAUUUUUCCUUUAAAAGAAAAAUGUAUUUCAUGCUUUGGGUUUUGUGUUUCCUUCCCCAGCCCUAAUCUUUGCAUUUGUAUGUGUCCGUCACACUGAUUCCUCUUGCUUCUUGAGGAGUUUUUCUUUCACAAGCUCACUCUUCCCCCCCCACCUCGCCUCCUCUUCAGAAGGUAUUUCGGAAGAAGGUAGCAUCAUUGCUUUUGCUUGGAUUUCUGUAACUUAAAAUUUAAAAAACACUGGCACGGGGCUCAGUAGCAGUUUAUUUCAGUAGUUUCCUGAAAUAAACAGCAGUUGUUUAUUUCAUUCUAUUUUAAAAUGGCCCAAAGAAUACGCUGCCAUGAUUUGUUACCAUGUCAGAAUAAAACUUAAAAGCAACAAAAAUAAAACGACCAAACCCGAUAAUAACGACACAUUUUAUCAACAUCUCACUCAUAUUUUUAUCGUGCUUGUUAAUAAGAAAAACAACUAAAAGUGUUGCUUAAGACGAAUUUCACCGUGCAGUUUCUAAUAGUUACAGUUCAACAAGCAGGAAAAUAAAUGCUGGAGAGAACAAAGACGUGUUGACACCUCUGCUAUCUACUUUGUACUAAAUUGCUGAAAAGCCUCUGGUUUAUUGUCACACCGGAGACUUUUUGUCCUUAGGAAAGGGGGUGAAUAGCAGCGUUUCCCUAUAGAGGAUGGAGAGCAGGGAAGAGGCACGGGCGUAGCGGAAUAUAUUUUUCCAAUUAAAAAAAAUAUUGUUUAGUACAGCUUUUAAAAACCUGAUCCAA